GACCGAAACUUGCAACCCUUUUUUCUUCUUUGUCAUCUGCACACGAGUGUCAAAAUAUUGUCUUUUUGGUUUAUUGUUUUCACAAGCAAAUUGAUCAAUUGUCGGCAUUAACCAAUCGGCGAAGAUGAAGAAAGAGGAUACCGUGAAGCUAAUAAGCGCCGAAGGCUUCGAAUUCAUAAUCGAUAAGAAGGCUGCAAUGGUCUCUCAGACCAUACGUAACAUGCUCACUUCUCCAGGGAGUUUUGCUGAGACAGAACAUGGGGAAGUGACGUUUCCGGAGAUUAGCACCACCAUCCUCGAGAAGAUCUGCCAGUACUUCUACUGGUCCCUUCAAUAUGCAAGUGGCAAGGAAACAGAAUUUCAUAUUGAACCUGAGAUCACUUUGGAAUUGAUGAUGGCUGCAAACUACUUGCACACCUGAGGUAAAAUUCCUGACCUUUU